CAAGAUAAACAGCUCACCACACUUCCUCUGGAGGAGUCAGCAAGGUGCUGUGGCCAGAGCACCUGGGCUCUUGAAUAAGCAGUGGCCACCACCAUGGGUACAGACCCAGACCAGUCCUUCUCUCCCGGCCAUCACUGGCUCUACUUCUCCGUGUACCUCUUCACCUUCCUCGUGGGGCUGCCCCUCAACCUGGUGGCCCUGGUGAUCUUUGUGGGCAAACUCCGUCGCCGCCCGGUGGCCGUGGACGUGCUCCUGCUCAACCUGACCCUCUCCGACCUGCUCCUGCUGAUCUUCCUGCCGAUCCGCAUGGUGGAGGCGGCCAGUGCCAUGCGCUGGACCAUGCCCUUCUUCCUCUGCUCCUUCUCCAGAUCCCUCUUCUUCACCACCAUCUAUCUCACCUCCCUCUUCCUGGCAGCUGUGAGCAUUGAGCGCUUCCUGAGCGUGGCCUACCCAGUGUGGUACAAGGCCCGGCCACGACCGAGACAGGCCGGUCUGGUGAGUGGGGCCUGCUGGCUCCUGGCCACCGCCCACUGCAGCAUUGUCUACAUCACCGAAUUAUCAGGGGGCUCUGCUCACAGACUGAGUGCCAAUGCAACCUGCUACCUGGUGUUCCAGAAGGACCAGCUGGCCAUUCUGCUGCCUGUCCGGCUAGAGAUGGCUGUGGUCCUUUUUGGGGUGCCCCUGCUCAUCACCUGCUACUGCUACAGCCGGCUGGUGUGGAUCCUCAGCAGGGGAGCCAGCCAUCGCCGGCGGAAGAGGGUGGCAGGGCUCAUAGCAGCCACACUGCUCAACUUCCUCGUCUGCUUUGGGCCCUACAAUGUAUCCCAUGUUGUGGGCUUCAUUCAGGAUAAAAGUCCAUCCUGGAGAAGUUACGUGCUGCUCCUCAGCACCCUGAACUCCUGUGUUGACCCCCUUGUCUACUACUUCUCAUCGUCUGAGUUCCAAGCAGAACUUCACAAGCUGCUGAGCAGGGUGGCUGGGGCCUGUUGGUCUGGGAGGCUGGGGAGCAGUGUGGAACUGAAGGAGGAGAAUGGAGGAGAGGGGCAGCUUCAGGAUCUGUCCAACGAGGAGAAAAGUAGUGGAUUCUAGGGGGCUGUGGAUUGUGGUGGCUAAUUGGCCUUGGAGAAAGCUGGGUCUUCUGGGGUCUGGGGGUGUAACUGACACAUCAUCCCCAGGGUAGUUCUUAUCUCAAGUGAAGCAGGACCUUGGGGAGGCAGGCGGGGACUGAGGUGGCCUGAGGGAAGAGGAUAUACCCAGCCUUCCUAAGUGUGUGCUACCCAAUGCACCCAACGAUCGCUCGCACCACACUGGCCCCUCCCCAGCCUCCUAAACUACAUGGAUUUGGUUAGCUCCAAGAGUCAUCAAGGUGAGAGACUGCUCUGGACAAAAAUGAGUUUCUCAUGGCAGUGGGCCAUCUUCCAAGGUCUUCCAAGGGGAAAGGAGGAGUUAAGAGCUGUGACGAGGUUCUGAAGGAGCUGCCCUGUGGCUUUUUACUCUUAGCAGCUCUGCCCAGCAGGACUGUGCGCUCAGUGCUGGCAGCUGUUUCAGGAUCCAGGGAUGAAGGGGCAUCCUGCUCUCACAGCCCUUUUCUACGA